AAUUUUGCUCCUCCCGACGGCUGUUGACUCUGUUUUCCCAUUUUAUGUAACGCCCGACCUUUGAUCUUUUUCGAGUACCCCCAAAGCCUGACGAAUCCCUAAACUUCUGAAAACUUAAACAGAUGACCUUCUUUGAAUUCCUGAUACUAAUCCCUUUUCGAGGUCCAGAUUGCCAGAGCAGCUUUGGUCCUUUCUUUUCAUCUAUGUUUGCUACUUUGGAAUUUCCAAUUUUGUCGGUUCUUCUUUAUAUGUGCUAUUUGCCUACUCUGAGAGAUCCUCAGGUGGUUCUGCUUACUGGGUGAUUGGGAAAGGAUUUAGUAUGGCUUCUUUUUAAUACAUGUAGAUCUUGUCUGACUUCAUCCUUUUCUAGUUAGCUCGAAGUUGUCUCCACUUUUGUAGCUCAGAAUAAGUGAUGCCUAGAGAGGCUGAUCCAUUUCGGAGGCAUGUGAAGGUUGUGACGAACAAGUGGAAGUGUAAGUUUUGUGGCAGGGAUUUUGGUGGAAGUGCUACGAGGAUCAGGGCACACUUCGCAGGGGUUCCGGGCUAUGGUAUUAAACUAUGCGAGAGAGUUGAUGAGCAUGUGAGAUCCGAAGCUUUGAAAGCGAUGAGAGGUAAAAGUGUGGCGGAUGCAAUCAACAGGGGAGGCGCAUCUAUUGAGGUAACAGGGCGAAGAAGUGACGGUAUGGGCCAAAUUGUAGUCCUUGGUAGUGACCAUCCUUCCAGUCACCAUGAUAUGCAGAACUCGAAUCGAAGCAUCCCACAACAACCAUCUUUCCAUUGGCAGAACGGAAUUCAACGCUUGAAUGAUGAACGUGGAAACGAAAAAACUUCAUCUCUCCAGCAACCUUCAACCGAUCCGCCGGCUUCGAUUUUUCUUGAUCCAAGUCAGCUACCAGAGCUUUUUGAUCAGUCUAUUGAUCUCGAGACAAGGUAUGAACAACAGAAUAAUAGAAUGCCAUCACCAUUGCAAAAUCAUCGAUCCCUUAAUAACAGUGUGACAAAUGGGUUGCAUCAGUCAACUAGACCUGGUGUUGCUGUGCCUGGUCCCCCUCUCAGUGGCACAAGUACAAUUGGCACUCCCCGACAUUCCAAUCAAACUCAUUCUGGCUUUGAUGAACAAUGGAGAGAUGAAAGUGCUUCACGUCCACAAAUAUCUUCAGCAGAGUGGAUGUCUUAUCUUCUUGAUAUGCCCUAUCCUGAGGAAAUGCAAAUGAGUGACCUGCAGAAUCGAACGGGCCCAUCGUCGUCACAAAAUGAUCAAUCCCUUCAUGGAGGCACUUCAAAUUGUUUGCAAGACUGCAAUCAAAUCCCUAUUGCCGAAGUAGUUCCGCUGUCCAAUGCCACAAGUCUAACCAAUGCCGUCGAACAUUUUAGUCAACAGCCACUUCUGCUAUGUGAUGAAGAAUGUGAAAAUGAGACUAGUUCCUUUCCCUCGCAAGCUUCAAUGGACAUAUCUCCGCCAAGUGCAUCACAGCCUUCCACUGGCCCAUGCUCUUUUGAGAAACUGGUUGUGGAUUCCCUAUUUUCGGAGGGCGGAACUAACACAGAAGACCCAUUGUCAUCACUAGCUUCCCGGCACCCUCCAUUGCAAAGUCUUCCAGAUCAACCUCUUAAUCUUGAGACAAUGAACACAGAGCAUCACCCAAGCGCGUCAUCACCAUCACAGAAUAACCAGCUCCUGAUUACAUGUUUCCCGCAAGCUCUGAUGGACAUAGAUGCGAGCAGUCCAUCAUCAUUGCAAGGUAUAUACAGAGGCGUGCCAAUCACGAGUCAUCCAAACACUGGCAACUUUGAAUAUAAUGGAGCUUUAAAAAGAAAGGUAGAACGACUCUACAAUAGAGAAGCUGACAUAAAGAAUGAGUUAGAGUUUGCUGCAUCUCUAUCUCUGAAGAAGCAGAGAAUAGAAGUUGUGAAUUGGUUGACAAACGUGGAAAAGCUUAGGAAAAAUUUCCAAAGUCUUGUACCAGCAAGCGCAGAAAAUUUGCCACCACAACAGCAUGUGGAUAUGUUGAUGAAAGAAGCAGAAGACCUUAUCAUAAAAAGCAAAUUUCCAGAAGGACUGUUUGAGGUGGGAGACGCCAAAGUCAAUAUAUUAUUAGAACGGAAGUUGGAGGCAGGUAAGGCAUUUCAGACAAAUACUAAGAAGAUCUUGCGGUGCCUAAGAGAGAAUCACAUAUCACGAUUGGGCAUUUACGGUAUGGGCGGUGUCGGAAAAACAACCAUUAUGGUGCAUGUGCAUAAUAGGCUCCUAAAGAAAGCAAACCAUAUUAAUGUAUUGUGGAUUGCUGUGUCACAAGAUCUCGACAUACAUAAGUUGCAAGGUGACAUUUGGAAGGCAUUAAAAUUAGGUGAUCUAAAAGAAGAAAAUGCGAUGAAACGAGCAGCAAUGUUGUUCGAUCAAUUAAGUGAUAUAGGGAAGUCUGUACUUAUCCUUGACGAUGUAUGGGAACAUUUUGAUCUUGAUGAGGUGGGUAUCCCUGUGGAAGCUGAUGGACUUAAGUUGGUGUUAACAACUCGGUCCUUCGAAGUAUGCCGCCAGAUGCAUUGCCAGAAGAAGAUAAAAAUCGAACCUUUGUCUCCUAAUGAGGCACAAAGCCUAUUUUUGAAGGAACUUGGACCUGAAGCUCUUAGUUUGGAAAUUGAAGCCGUUAUGAAGCUAAUUGUAGAAGAAUGUGCUGAUCUACCACUAGGAAUCAUCACGAUGGCAAGAACCAUGAGAGGAGUAAGUGAUCUGUUUGAAUGGAAGGAUAUCUUAGAGAGAUUGAAAGAAUCUAACAUGGGGCAAAUGGACAUGGAAAAGAAGGUCUUAGCAAAUUUAAAAUUAAGUUACAGUCGCCUGAGUAAUCAUGAAGUCCAACAAUGUUUUUUAUGCUGUGCACUUUAUCCAGAAGACCGACUAAUUCAUAAGUUUGAGCUGAUAGAAUUUUUUAUUGAUGAAGGAUUGAUUGGUGGAUUGGAUAAGAGGGAGAAAUGUUAUGAUAGAGGUCUUACCAUACUGAACAAACUUGAAAAUGUUUGCUUGUUGGAAAAUGAUCGGGGUAUGGUCAAGAUGCAUGAUUUGAUCAGAGAUAUGGCUUUGUAUGUCAUGAGUGCGACUUCCAUGGUUAAAGCGGGCAAGGGUUUGACAAGGCUUCUGAGUGAGGAAUGCUGGAUGGAUGGUGUAGAGAAAGUUUCUUUCAUGGAGAAUUACAUUAGGGUUAUUCCAGCGAACAUGUCACCAAACUGUCCUAAAUUGGCAUCUUUGCUAUUAAAUGGUAGCUUAUGGGGGAAUGUACUAAUCCCUAACUCUUUCUUCAAGCGAUUGGAGGGGUUGAAGGUUCUAAACCUGAGUGGAUGUGGGAUCAAAGAGCUUCCCAAUUCCAUCUCAGAUUUGGUAAACUUAAGGGCAUUGUUGUUGAGAGAGUGUCGGGAAUUGUGUCGUAUUCCUUAUUUAGGAAAGCUGAGUUCAUUGAGGAAGUUGGAUGUUCAUGGAUGUAGAUAUUUGAAAGCAGUGGAGGGCUUGGAAACGUUGGUAAACUUGAGAUACCUCAACUUAUCCAAAUCAGGUAUAGAAAGAUUAGUGGAAGGGAAUUUGGCAGGUUUGGCAAACUUGCAAUAUCUAAAGAUUGUGGAAGUGAAGGGAGAAGACGUGACAAAGUUAUGGGCAUUGGAGACUCUUGAUUCUUCUUUCCAGAACAUCGUUGAUUUCAAUAAAUACAUGAGAUUUCUCCAACAGAGUGGCCCUCAUCACUAUUACCAACUUGUGGUGAAUCAAGAAAAAACAUUGUGGUUUGUGAGUGUAUAUGAUGAUCCAAGAUUUGGGACUUCGGAGAGGAAAAUGUACAUUGAUUGUUGCAAUUAUGCUAUUGUCAGGGCAGGAGGGAAAGCAAUGAGGAUUCUAUUUUGAUUGCGCCAGACGUGCAGAGAUUGGUGGGGAGAAAAUGUGGAGGCAUGAUAAAUUUGUCCAACAUCGGCCCACUUGAAAGCCUCAAGGUGCUAAUAAUGGAAGAAUGGGUAAACUUACAGAUGCUUUCCGGAGGAGUAGAUGAAGUAAUCGACAAUCAUGACUUCCCUCUCCUAUUCCCUAGUCUUAAGAUGCUGACUAUCGAGAGAUGUCCCAAACUGAAGUAUCUCUUUGGGAAUCAUUCUAAAGUUACGCUUCCGCAUCUACGACAGAUUGUGACAAAAAACUGUGAGGAAUUACAAGGGAUAACUGCAGCAGGAGCAAUAUUUACAACGCCACUCCCUGCCUUCCCUAACCUAGAAAAGAUUGUGAUAGAGCGCUGUGCCAACAUGAAGAGCGUGGUGGAAUCUGAGUUGCUGCCUCACCUUCCUAACCUGAGAGAGGUUACAGUACAGCAUUGUGAGAAAAUGGAGGAGAUAAUUGGAAGGGCUCCCCAAGCUAUGCCACCAGGUGCCCUUUCUCUUCUUACGUAUCUUUGGAUAGAGCGAUGCCCCAACAUGCAGAAGCUUCUUACUCAUGAAUUGCUGCUCCACCUCCCUAAUAUCCAAGGCAUUCUAGUGCAUGACUGCAAAAGGAUGGAGGAGAUAAUAGGCUGUGAAGGACAGCGGCGACAACUAGGAGAUGAAGUCAGCUGCAUAAACAUCAGUACCACCCAUUCCUCCUUGCCAAAGUUAAACUUCUUGAAUCUAAUUAGACUACCAGAACUGGAGGGCAUAUAUGAUGGGACGAUAAAUUGUGAUUCCAUCCAAAAUAUUGGAUUAUUGGAUUGUCCGAAGCUGAAGAGGAUUCCUUUGCAUCUGCCCAUACUAAAUAACAGCUUCCCUUCUCUUAGGGAGAUAGUAGUAGAUGAUGAGGCAAGUUGGGAGUCGCUGGAGUGGGGUCCUCCUCAUGUCAAGUCUCUGCUUCGACCCUUUGUCGUUUUUUAACUCUUCAGUUAAUUCCAGCAUAAUGCACAUUAUACUCAAGUUGAGUCUUCUCUUGGAACAAAUACAAUGCGGCUCUGCAUAUGUUGGAUUCUUUUGUCUUCGUUGUGAUCUCAUUUUGCUUGACUUCUUCCCGAUGUCCAAGGUACUUCUGUUUUCUGCCAUUCAUCUGCCAUCACAGUCUCUGCUAUGUAUUUUUCAGCAAUACCCUUUUACUUUUUGACCCGAUUCGAACAAUCAUUUCCCCUUCAAAAGGCUUUUCAUUUUCCAUAAUGCACUUUGUAUUUGCUUUUGGUCAUCUAAUAGUGCAGACUAACAAUUAAAAAAGUUUAGCACAUCUCUUGUGAGGUACGUGUCUCGUGAGGUGUCUCCUACUUGAUUGAAUAGCUUGGAUCACGACCUCUUUACUUACAUGUGGAGAAUUGCAUACUCAGUAGCCCUUGUUGACUUACCUUAUUGUAAAGUUACUAUUAUCAAGGUUUUGAAUUCCUUAAGAAUCAACACAUUCCAUUGCUUUUCUGUGGGAAGUGUGCGUCAAUGCUUAUU